AUGUAUUCUAUCCUCAUAGAAGGGCUUGAAAAUGGCAAAUCUCUUAAUGAACUUCUAAAUGAUUUUAAAACCAAAGCUAAAGAAUUUUCAUUUUGCCUUGAAAGAAUUGCAAUUGAAGUUUAUUAUUUGAAAGAACAGCAGACAUCGCUCGAGCAUGCCAUUAGUGAGAUACAACCUAAAUGAGAUCAAGCAAAAAAGUCAUUCACCAACAUUAUGUGGGAUUAUUUAAUGAAGAUAAAUAAACGCUAUAAAAAUAUCGAACCAUCACGAAUCCUAGUAAAAAUAAGGGAAAAAGUUUGCGAGAUGUAUGAUGUUUCUUAUAAAAAUUGAUGAUUUUUCCAGGAAAGUUACUUUAAUAGGCUAUCUUUUUAUUCUGUGGAUACAGAGAUAGAUGAUCUUUGCAAUAAAAAGUUUGUAAUAUUAGAUUUGCUUGUAGCUAAAAUGAAAAAAUCAAAAUACUUUGAGAAGUGCAAAUGUGAAGAAACUCUUAGAAUUUAUAUAGUAAUUUAAAUUGAUAUAGCUCGAUCCAAAGCAGGGAUCAGGCUAUAGCAAGUAUUUAUAUUAAUUUUUUAAAUAAAUAGUAUUCAGAGAAAGUGGUCUAGAUGAGCAUUAGCAUUUUAUGAUUUGAUUUGUAAAAAUGCUCAGCUAAGUUUGCUUACAAAAAUACUAAAGUUAGUCUCAAGAGAAAUCUUAUUAAAACAAAGCAAUAUAUCAAAUCUAAAUAAGGAAAGAGAAAGAAUUGAAAAAUUUAUUAUAAAGAUGCAAAUUCAAGACUUUUAA